AUAAAUUUGACAUUUGCUCAGAUUUGAUGCUUUAUAAAAUUAUUUCAUAAAUAUUGUAAUGGCAUUAUUCAAAGCCUAUAGUGAUGACAAAACAGAAAAAGAAGGUAGUGUUGAUCAACAAAACAUUGAAUUAAUUACUGAAUCUGAAUUUCCACAAAAAGUUGAUACACAUGGUAACAAACACGGGAGCGAUGCUUCUGAUAAUGAUUUAUUCUUUAUUGAUUCCAUGGGAAAUCAAAAUAAUUUAUUAGAUAAUUCAAAUGCUAGAAAAAUAGAAAGAAAGGAGGAUUAUGUUCAAAUACGAAAAACAAAAAAGAAAACUAAGAGGUAUUUAAAAAGAAAAACUUUAGAUUCCAAACCAAAUAUAUUUAAUUUGAAUGAUGAAUUGAAAAGUCUGCAAAGUUUGUUAUCACAUGAUGAAAAUAAUAUUGGCUUGUGGAAGGAAUUUAUUAACGCACAAGCAAAAAAUAUUUCUGUGGGUAAUGUUAAAGCCAUAACAGAGAGACAAAUCAGUAUUAUAGAAGAAGCUCUAAAAAAGAACCCCCGGAAUGCAGAACUUUAUGAUUUAUGGUUUCAGUGCAAUAGAAAAAUUUAUUCGCAUAAUGAUUUUACUAAAAUUAUUAUGGAACAAACAGAGAAAGAUUCUGGAAAUUUUCAAUUGUGGCUAGCGUUGAUAGAUUGCACACAGCAGUCAAUUUCAGAAUGCAAUGUAACUGUUGUAUUAGAGUUGUAUCAGAAAGCAAUGACCUGUUUUAAAAAAUUUCGUCAUCAACACACAUGCAACAAAGGAGUUUUAUUCAAAUUAUUUCAGCGUGUUACAGUAUUUCUUAGGCAAACGGGUUCUUGGAAGGAGCUGUUGUAUUUCUUGGAAUACACAAUGUGGCUGAAUUGCAGUGAUUGUGAGCUAUCACAAAUAUUUAAAUUUCCAGAAAUAUCUAACAGCAUUUUGAUAGAACUGGAAGAAGCGGUUCUUCAAUCUGGUUUACCAUUAUCUGAAAUUUGGUAUCGAAUUGAAUCUUUGCGUGAAACUUUCAAUUGGAGUACAGUUAAAACAGAUUUUAGCAAUUUAGCCUGCAAUCUUACAAUUGAAGAAAUGGAUGACUUGACAACAGUUUUUAGUGAAGAUACUACGAAAUUUCAUUUAUUUUUACAUAUAUUAUCUGUUUUGAGGAUACCAAUUUUACCAAAAAAUUACUCAUUUUAUGGAGUAAUAGGCUUGACUGAAAUUACAUGGCAUAUUGAUAGUUGUGAACAUAUUCUAUACUCGUUUUAUGAGACAAAUGAGAAGCAUUCUGAUAUAAUGCAAAUUUUGUAUGAUAUGUUAUCCACAAUCAUUGAUGGGCCUCAAUAUUGGGGUCCACGUCCAUUCACCUCUGAUUACUAUGAUUUCGCAACUACUUUAAUAAAAAAUCUAAUGCAUUAUUCAAAAGAUGAAUAUGAUAAAUUAGCAUUUGGGUUGUUGUAUAUCAGAUUUAUUAUGAUGCAUAUAAAUUUGAUGAAAUAUUCAAAAAAAACUAUUAAUGCAAAAAGCAUUAAGAAGAAAGUAAAGACAUUAUUAUCAGAAAAUAAUAAUUUAAAGUCUUCAAUUAUAUUGUAUGUAGAAUAUGCAAAACUUGAAGCUUGCAUAUCUGAUGUAUCUAGUGGAUUAAAUACAAUGAUGGCUCUAAUGAAUUCUGGAAAUUAUGAAGUUGCUGAAUUGUCAUAUUUAAUUAGGACUUGUAUAGAUUAUAAUUUAAUUAGCGACAGUAAAAAUCUUGAUAAACAACUGUACCUGAAGAUGCUAGCAAAACUUGUGCAUAAAGAACCAUUUAAUAACUUUGAUAUACCCAUAAUAGUGACAAAAUUUAUGAAGCACCUUGUUGAUUUCAAAAAGCUAUAG